UCUGAGAGCCCGUGCGUCUUCAUGACAUGCUGCACUUCGGUGUGUUGGCGUGCCACUUGUAUGCGUGUCCACUCGCACACUAGGUGCACAAGUCGCGUGCUUGAAUUGUCAAUAUAACGUUCUAGCGUGUCCGAUAUUCCGCUCUACACAUCGUAAUACCGUAUUUGCCAACGUUUAGCAAUAAUUACACAUAGACUGCGUAAACCGCGUUUUUGCUCAUGUGCAAAGUGGUGCAAAGCAGCAAAUGAUAUGCUCGGAUUUAUUGCCGAAAAGUGCGACCCAGUAGACAAUACUAAACCAUGUCUUUUCUGUAAUGCGAGUUAUUUGCUUGGUAUAUUUGGUUUGUAUUAUAUUUGAAUUAAGCGAUAAAGAAGCAUUGCUCUUGUGUUUGCUGCGCGCCGAAGUAGCCUACAUCAAGCCUUGCCAAGACAAGCUCUCUACUUUGAAUCGCAUGGCUAUGCGCAUGGUUUGAAUCCUUUGUGCUCUGCCCAGCCGCCAAGCAAGCAAUCCCGCUUAUUUGUCUGUGAUUUCCUUUAGUUGCGUGUUAAGUGUGUGCCUACAUCAGCGAUGCCGUACAGCGUGCUUCAUGACGAGCUGCUGCUGCGAUCGCUGCACUGGAGAGAAAUAGAAGACAUGUACUUGCUCCAAAUGGAACCACGGCGGGAUUUUCGGCAGCGUGGCCUGCUUAAUUUGGAUCACAUGGACAGCGCCAUGUUCUACCGGUCCUUCAGGUUCCAGAAAGCGGACCUGGACGAUCUGAUGGCAGGUCUACUGAUUCCCGAAGAGGUGGAGAGCGCCCAACGGGUUCGAGUUGCAGGCCGCGAGGCGCUGUGCAUGGCGCUGCGGCGUCUCGCCGACCCGAACCGCCUGUGUGAUCUCGAGGUGUUCUUCAGCCGCCACAGUUCGGUGAUAUCAAGUGUGGUGUCGAAAGUCUUAUCUCACAUCGAGUACCACUUUGGGCACCUCCUUGCAGACCUGACGGUGCACAGGUGGCUCAACGUGCAAAACCUGCAACUGUUCUCCCAGGCCGUGCACAGGAAAGGUGCUCCGUUGGAACACUGCUGGGCCUUUAUCAGUGGCACGGCACAACGAAUUUCCCAGCCUUCGAGUGAACAGCAGGAGCAGUCCUCUGGCCACAGACUCCAUCACAAUCAAAAGUAUCAAGCUGUGAUGUGCCCCAACGGCAUGAUCUGUCAAUUGGACGGGCCAUUUCGGGGUCAGCGUCGCAAUGCUGGCAUUCUGAAGGAGACAGCGCUCUACCGCAACUUGGAGAAGGUCACCCAAAGCCAGGAAUAUGUGAUCUAUGGUGGCCCCACCUACCCACUCUUGCCCCUGCUCCUGAAGCCUUUUGAAGGCACCUGUUUGCAGCCCCAUGAGGCCCUUUUUAAUAGGCGCAUGGGCACAGUGCAGCAGGCCGUAGAGGUGGCGUUAGACAAAGUCGCAGCAGACUUUGCAUUUGUUGAUUUUCAGAGGAAUAAGAAAAUGACACACCAGAAUGGGGGGCGAGUGUACAAAGUUGCGACACUGUUGUCCAACUGCCGUACUUGCAUAUAUGGCAGUCAAGUGUCUGCACACUUUGACAUUGCGCCACCCUCACUCGGAGAAUAUCUUGUGCCAUCUCGGGUCCUCUCAUAGUGUACGGUGAAGUGGUACCUCUGACGCACGCACGAUGAUUUGUGCAAAAUACAAGGAGCGAUCAAAAAGUUUUGUUACUCAGCUGUAACCAAAAGUUGGACACUGGUCUUCUAUAUCCUUUGGUCAGCUCAUCUAUCCAGGCAAGCAUGGUCACAGUAUCGAGCUCAGGGUUUGCUGUCGUUUUGCAUCAGCAUGGCGUCCUCUCAUGAUUUCAAGCAUGUGUAUUGGAAUGUGAUAAAGAUUUUGUGCAAAGAGGGCAUUUCUGCCAAGGAAAUUCACAGUAGAGUGGUGAAUGUGUAUGGCAGAGAAUGUCCUUCAUAUGAUAACUUGUUGCUUCAAUGAAUUUAGAUGUGGCUGUCUGGAUGUGCGAGAUGACCCAAAGUCGUGACAAACCACCGCAUUGACUGAUUUGGAUCAUCCAGCCCAGACAAUAUAUUAAGUUGUCCGAAAUUGCUGCAGAAUGGCGCAUUUCGUUACGUGCAUAGUUAUGGCUUGGUGUGUUGAAUAUUGAAAUUUGCUAUUCAUUAUGAAUGCAUAUAUUCUGGAGAAAUGGCUACCGAAUAUUGAAUUGCAUAUAUAGAACAUUUUCUCAUUUCUGAGACAACAUAAAAUAUGAAGUUUGCAUGGGGUCUGCUUAGUUUUGUUCUUCUCACGUAAGUAACAGAACUUUCUGAUUGCCCCUAGUGCAGUGCACCAUUUUUGUACCUGUUCUUCCUACCAAAUGUUGUGAAGAAUAUUGUACUGCAGAUCUCGGUUUGUGGAACCAGUGGCAUGUUCCUAGCAGUUGUUUGCUGUAGUUGGUAUUAUCUUAUUGUGCCUACUUUCCCUUAGUGAAAUAAUAUGAGCAUUAUCUGAUUCAUGCGGUUAAACAUCAUAAAGCAACACUGUGGCUUAGAGAAAUAUUGUUCCGUAGGACUCUGGAUUAAUUUUGGUCACUCAUGGCUGUUUAACAUGACCUAAAUCAAAAUACACAAGUGCUAAGCACCAUAUUUAUUAAUUUUUUAUCAAGAUGUCAGAAAGUUCGGCACAUUCAGAACCACUAAAACCAAGUAAACUGACAAGCCAACACAGUUCGUUUAAUACAUUAAAAAGAAGAAAAAAAAAGAAAAAGCCUUCUAAUAAAGCUUUAGCACAUUAAAUGUCAGCUUGUGCUGUUGUGAUCAAACAUGAGUAUCUCUCAUGGCCAUCGUAACAUAUUUUAUUUGUGCUGAGUAAUGUGUCCAUUAACUGUGUUGAUGCUUUGACAAGAAAAUGGCUAACCAAACAAUUGAGUAAUUUAGCAAAACAAAUAAUACCUUUGAUUAGGGCAAACAACCGCUAGCAACACAGUCUUUGGCUAAAUUUUCAUGCAACCCACUGUCAACAAAAGUUCCAUUAGAGAUCCGAAAUCUUGGAAUGUUUAUUUUGACUUGGUCGGCAGUGCAACCUACUCAACAGCUCUCAUUAUAGCGAAGACCAGAACAGUAGUUUGCCUUUGGGUGUUCCUUGAGGUGAUAUAGUUGCUAUUUUUCCUCUCCUAUGAUUCUGUUCUUUUCUUAUGUCCUGAAGCCUGGAAUUCUCAGUCAUACGAAGAAAAAAGACAAGCCAGAGUAAGCAUAGGAGUAAAAUAAUUGUAUAAUUGUUCUGAAACGUUAGUCCUUGAAAUUCUUGGUCUGCUUCCUGUGGAGUUGUUGAUGUGGUACUCGCCUUCAAAGGUUGGCAGUAUCUUGGGACCAUGUAUCUGUGCUAAGACUUCUGAUCUGCUCUUGAAUCCCAUCAUGAAGCGUUCUGAACUGCGUGGUUUCAUACAAUGGCAAAGGAAUUCAAGUCGAGGAGCACUCAUAAGUGGUCUUGUAAGAGGAUUGAUGUGUCACUAAAAUCUUUGGUGCAGUAUUUCAAUCACGCCCUUGUAGCACUCAUCAGUAGCCAGCAAUCCAGACACAGCAGAUGCAGCUGGUCCAUUUAGAAGACUUCCCAGACAGUGGAGCUUCUCAGCACGAUCUCAGCUCACCAUUCACGUGCAGAAGAUUCAAACUACUAUAUAUCCAAAAGUAAAGCCAGCUUUGCCGAUCUCUGUCAAACUUUGCAAGCUCAAGUGGCAAGCUCCAUCAAUCAUGCAGUUGUGUUAGAGGCAGGUGGCGCCUCUCAAGAAGUUUACUGGGGCUCACCACAUAGCUGUUCUCUGUAUUAAUAGUGAAAUUGUAGUAUGACCUGGACCACCGUGUCGGUACUUGUUGCUUCUUUGAAAUUAUCAGAAAUGCCUGCGUAGAUUUGCGUGUUGUGUUUCUGCAUGGGCUGCAAAAAGCACCAGAUCCUCUCCAAGAAAACCAUGUAGUCAACUUCACUGUCAAACUUCCGUACUGGAAAGUGUAGGAAAGCAUCCAGCUUUGCUCGUGGUGUAAUGCCGCAUAACUCCCUUUCCAGGAAGGUCAUCGUAUCAGAGAGAGAUCCACGUCACUGGAUUGACAAUGUGCAUCGCUGAUAAUGUACAGGAUCAAAUUCCAGACCACAGGGCACCCAUGCUACCAACGACGACUGUCAGGUCAAAUAGCUUUAAUGGCGGCUGGGAACAGCUAGUGUGCCUCCUCGUUGUGCAGAGCAGCGUACACUUAUGAUCACUACACUGCCUUUGCAGUUAAAGAUGGUUCUAAAGUUUCCUUGGCCACAAGCUCGGU